ACAAAUAACGUUCUCCAAACUAUAAUAGGUUGUAGGCUACCCUAAAUUUAUCCAAGUUAAUGAUAAUGAAAAGACUUCAACUCAAUUAGUUAUGGGCUGGACGUUGGCUCUCUGUAGGGUGCUUAUCACACCACUGUAUAACACCCAGCAGAUGGUGCUAAAUCCUUAUUCUUGUGGUUCUCAGUUCUGUGUUUCUGCCAGAAAAUGCGGAAGUGAAAUAAUGGAAUUUGAUGCCAUUCCGGAGGACAGGAAUAGGCAACAUGAAUUUAUAUAUUACAAUACAAUACAAUUAAUAGGAAAUUAAAUAGACAAGCGGAAUAUAUCGCUCAAUCAAAUCAUCACGACAGCCGUGUUGAGAUGGAGAGCCGUCGCACAGUAACACGAAGGUCGAGAAAUCAACACACCAGAUUGAUCAAAUUAUAUCUAUUUCGGAAAGCGCUACACGCCUGUAGCCUAGGUGUGGUGCAUCCGAUGCUGGGCUCGAGGGCGUUUUGUGUUAACAAACGAAAAGUUCCACAUCAUCGCGCUCGGAUUCUUCCACGGAGGCAGAGGGACUGAAGGUGGGACGCCCCCAUGGCCCACGCCCGCUUCCCGGGAAGGACUGCAAACGUGGCUGCUAACCUGACUUCCCCGGUGCUGGGUCGACCACUGUGCUCUAAUGGGACGCCCUGGAUCCUCUAUCUGUUCGAGCAAUGCGUGGAUAAUGUGUGGGAAUACUGGAGCGUAGUCAUCGGGCUGAUCUCAAUGUUCUGUUUCUUGCUGUCUACUCUACCACAAAUCUAUGAGGCUUAUCGCAAUGGUAAAGUGGAGGAGGCCAUGUCGUUUGGCUUUCUGCUCUUCCUCUUCAGUGGGGACCUCAGCAGUCUAAUAGGCUGCGUCCUGACCAGCCAGCUGCCCAUCCAGAUUGUGACAGUAGUGUUCUACAUCUUCACUGAUCUCCUGCUCAUCUCCCAGUUCCUCUACUACAAGAUAAAGAACAACUCAUCUAAAAAGCGCCCCAUGUUGAAGUGGUUGUGUUUCCUGUGGUGUGGGGCUUCCACUGUGGCCCUCCUGAUUCUCCCCAAGUUCAUCACUGACAACAACACCUCUGCCAACACUGAGAGUGCCUCUAACAGCGUGGAGAUUUCUGGUUAUGCCUGUGGAUACGUGGCCUCCAUAUUCUACCUCUCCUCUCGUUUUCCACAGCUCUACAAAAAUUUUAAGCGACAGUCUACAGAGGGCACGUCGUACAUGCUGUUUGCCCUGGCCAUGAUGGGCAACGGGACCUACGGGCUCAGUGUCAUUGUGGUUCUACCAGCUCUGGCCGGCUCCAAACAGGCCUUCAUUCUCAAACAUCUGGCCUGGCUCAUCGGCAGCCUGGGAGUCCUCCUCCUAGACUUCUUUGUCACCGCCCAGUUCAUCAUCUAUAGGAAGAACCACUCCGCUAUAACCAGCAAGAAGAUGAACGUUCCUGAAGUAGAACCUCUGCUCUGUGAAGAGGAGGAACUGUCCACAUUCUAGAAAACACAUGAAUGAAGGUGUAUCGUGAGAACACAUGAUUAAAGUUCUAGAGUGAGAACACAUGAUUAAAGUUCUAGAGUGAGAACACAUGAUUAAAGUUCUAGAGUGAGAACACAUGAUUAAAGUUCUAGAGUGAGAACACAUGAUUAAAGUUCUAGAGUGAGAACACAUGAUUAAAGUUCUAGAGUGAGAACGCAUGAUUAAAGUUCUAGAGUGAGAAUACAUGAUUAAAGUUCUAGAGUGAGAACACAUGAUUAAAGUUCUAGAGUGAGAACACAUGAUUGAAGUUCUAGAGUGAGAAUACAUGAUUGUAGUUCUAGAGUGAGAAUACAUGAUUGUAGUUCUAGAGUGAGAACAGUAAGAGAUUUCCAGAAAUCGUCUCCAUAAUGCUGAGUGGAGACCUAGAAUAAUCCAACAAAUGUGAUAGUACACCAAUGUUCCCUCCAUUUAAAUCCAGGUGAAUUAAAGGGGGCGUCUUAUGUUUGAGGAAUGUAACCUCAGUAGAACCAUUCUCUAUUUCUUUGUAAGGGGGCUCAUAUGAUCUAUUCCCUAUGUUUUUUUUUCUUAUUACACUAAAGGCCUAUAGGGUGUGUCUCAGUGUCACAUGCCUCUAGUCUAUGUUUGUCAAUGGUUAGAGGUCCUGUGUUUUCCAGGAUAAGAUCGGCAAUACACUCUUAACUGUUCACACAGCAUUGUCGUCGGUAAACAGUAGGUAAACAGUACAAGAAGGAAUCAUAACAGGGAUUGUUCCUGUAUGUAGGUUUAAAAAGAUCAUACAUUGCACCAAUGGUAGUGUAUCACAUUGACUAUUGAUGUGCCACAAAGUAGUGGGCUGCACCAACAGUAAUCUAUUUUCCACUUGUGGUGAAUUUGUUAUAGUUUACCUUGGUUUGUUGUAGGAGCAGAUUCCGUUGUAAUUGAAUCCCUAUAUAAGUUGUAGUUGGUAAAUUGCUAGGAGCAGAUUCCGUUGUAAUUGAAUCCCUAUAUAAGUUGUAGUUGGUAAAUUGCUAGGAGCAGAUUCCGUUGUAAUUGAAUCCCUAUAUAAGUUGUAGUUGGUAAAUUGCUAGGAGCAGAUUCCGUUGUAAUUGAAUCCCUAUAUAAGUUGUAGUUGGUAAA